UCGCUUUUGUUUCAUCUCUGUACCAAAUGCCCAAGGGUUGCUUCUAGCCCUUGGGUGUAUGCGCUUUGGGAAUUUUCAGUCAGUUCUCAGAGUGUAACGCCAACUGACUUGCUCAAGGCCAAGCCAGAUAAUUUUUUCUCCUCCUCCUCCUCAUUCUUAUUUUAAAGAUAAGCAACUUUGUUUUCUCGGCAAAACCCACCCACUUAUUUUCAUUUCUGGCUUUCUCUCAUCCCGGGCUAGUGAAGGCAGAGCAUGUGCCCAGGAGAAGACCACCCUGGGCAGUGAGGACCAUCCUCUUUGGAACUGCGGUUGUAGCUGCCAAGGAGUAGCCAACAAGCACCAGAUUUAUGUGCACUUUGAAAGAAGCACCUUUACCAUUGGCUUUUUGAGCGGCGCUGUCGCUAGGGAGCGAGCACCGCCUCGGGGAGCAGCCCGGGCACUGGCUCCUGGCAGCCCCGGAGCAGGGCGCACACCGUGGCGCGCUUUGGGCGGCUCCGCGCGCUGUCGCCCCUGCGGCCGGCACUGUCCCCCAGCUCGGCUUCCAGAGGCGCUGCACAGACUCUCGCCUCUGGCCACCGGCUCCUACUGCUGCCGCCCAGAGGACAGAGGAGCCUCUGCCUGUGAUUUCCCCGCGGCGCGGCGCUGCGGAAAGCGGAGCGGGUGGGCGCGAGCUGCAGGACGCGAUGGAGUUCUCCCCUCGCCUCGGAGUUGCCUGAGUUAGUAGAGCCUCGCGGGGUUCCCUGUUCCCUGCUCCCCGUUUCCUACGGGCUCGCGGCUCAUCAUUCACUCGGGUGCUGCCCACCCACCGCUGUGCCAGGGAGCCCAGGCUCCAGACCUCCUGUCCCGGGUACAUUUGGGGGCAAAGGAGGGCUAUACCCAGCCAAGGCGCACUGUCUUCUCUCCGCUGACCCAUCUUUUUCUCCAUGGCGUCUCGUCAACAAACCCGAAUCCAGGCUUACCUGGAGAAAAACAAGAUCGGUCCUCUGUUUGAGGAAUUAAUGACCAAGCUAAUAACUGAGACACCUGACCAGCCAAUCCCAUUUCUCAUUGACCAUCUUCAGUCUAAGCAAGGGAGCCGAGGACAACUGCAAAGAACUUUGUCUGGGUCAGCAGCUCUCUGGGCAGAAAGUGAAACAUCAGAACCCAAAGGAACAAGAAGGGAUUUCAGAAGCUAUGAUAAACCCUGGCAGUUGAAUGCAAAGAAGCCUAAAAAAUCAAAAAGCGACCUUGCUGUGUCUAAUAUUUCUCCUCCAUCACCAGACUCCAAAUCAUUGCCAAGGUCAGUAGAACAUCCUAAGUGGGACUGGCGGACUAAACCACAAAGCCGUGAUUUUGAUGAAUUGAACCACAUCCUUCAAGAGAGCAAGAAGCUGGGGAAAGCCCUUGAGAAUCUCUCUCGAAGUAUUGCGAUUUCAGAUGAACUUGAUAAGGAGACAGUGGCUUUCAAUUCCUCUCUUCUGAGACCCCGCGUGAUUGGGGAGUGGAUUGGCAGAGCAGAAAACGAUGCUGAUCCCUUGGCAGCUGAAAUGCUGCAGCCCCCGGUUCCAAGGAGUAAGAACGACCCAUGGGAAAGCGAAGACAGCGGCUCCAGCCCGGCAGGAAGCUUAAAGAUGGAGCCCAAGACUAAAGGAUUGAAACAGCAGCAGCAGCAGCAUAAGAAACUUCUGGCUGCGAUGCUUUCCCAGGAUUCCUUCGAGUCCACCCACAGCCCCACACCAUCUGUAAUAGAGGAAGACAUCGACAAUGAAGACGAUGCAAUGGAGUUGCUGGAAGAUCUGGAUGACCUGAGAAUGGAGGGUGUAACCACCCUGGUACUUUCGGGGAGCAAAUUUAACCAAGGUCGUCCUACUCACCCUGCUGAGCCACAGGCCAAGGUCACACUGAACAUCUGUUCAAGGUGUGCCAGGCUUCAAGGAGACAAUCUGAUGGAAAGGACAGAAGACACACUACAGCCAUUUCAUUCUCCAGAGGAGAUAAUCCCAGAUUCAUUGGAUUCUUUACCUGGGACUGAAGAAACUCUCAUGGAGGAAGGUGAAGAUUUCGAGAAAACACCAAAAUUAACAGAAUCUAUCCAGGAUGCCAGUAAAGCUGCUAGAGCCGGGGUCCUACAGCAGGCAAGUUUAUCUGACCAAGUUUUGGGAUCUGGUGGGAUUUUUUUCUUUAGUCAUUUCAGGGAUGUUGAUUUCUAAAACAGUAGGGAUGGAAAUAUUAGAUCAGACCUAUGCAAAUAUUAUCUUUUAAAACUUCUAAGAGUUUUGAAAAAUGUAACUUCUAAAUGUCAUAUUCACAUAGAAAAAAAUGGCCUAAUGGAUGAGCUAUGGUACAAUAAAUGUUCAAACAUUAAUUGUAGUUUUGGAAAGUAAUGCAACGUUUCUACAUCCUUUUAUUACAUCACAGCCAAAGUAUGACAUUACUUACUGAGAUUAGUUAAAUUUUGCCUUUGUGUUUUAAGGGAAUGUGGCAGGAGAAUGUGCACAGUAUAAACAAAUACAAUUGAUCUUUCUGGGUGGAUGAUACCCAAUAAGAUAUGGGACAUCAUGCUCUGCUUGUCCAGGGAUACUAUCAUGGGCCAUUGAUUUUUUGCAAUGACGAUAAGCAAAAGGGAAAAUAGUUUUUGACAUUUUCAAUAUUUUGAAGUCGGUUUUGGCUCCUACAAAUUUUAAUGGAUUUGUAUAUAACUGGAUUGAACAGGAAGGAAAGUAAUGUGGAUGAUAUUUGUGUUGAGAAAUAAAGCCUGGUGUCUUUGAUUAUAACUUGUACCGGUGUGCUCCAUGAAACACAUUACUAUUGACUCCUUUAAUAGAGGGAGAAAAGCAUUAUGUUCCCAAUAAUAGAAUUUUCCUUACAUUCUUGUCUUUUUUUUUCCAAAUAAGAAAACUGCAUUGAUGCUCCAAAACAGCAGAUACAGAGUGCUUUCCUACACAAACUUACUUGUUUGUGGACUUCAUCUUCCAACUACAUUCAUUUAGACCAAACCUUUUUUCUUAUUAUAUAAGAUUCUCACACACAUAACUGGAGUCUCAGAAAUGAGAUAAUUCAAAUAAACUGAAAAAAAUGUCCUUUCUAUAUGCUGACCUUUUAUUAUUUGUAUAGGAUUUUAAAAUUACUGAAUUUUUAAAAAAUUCUCAUGAAUGAGUGUUUGCUUGUGUGUAUAUCAGUGCACCAACUGUGUUUCUAGUGCCCUUGGAGACCAGAAGAAGCAUUAGAGUUAUAGACAGUCGUGAGCAUGCCAUGUGCCAUGAGCUGCACUAAAUUGAACCCAGGUCCUCUGGGAGAGUAGCUCAAAGCUGUAAUCACUAAGCCUUUUCUCCAGCCCCUUAUUUUCUUCAUUUUAAAUAGAAUGAUAAGCAUAUUCUCACAGAAUUUUAUACAGCUAGUUGUAAAGUUUGCAUAUUAGUGUAGCCAUGUAUUAUAGAAUGUUAAUGUCUUCUUAUUGCUCAUCUUGGAAAGUAUAAGACUAUUCACUUUAGUGUGAAACAAGAAGAUAAUAUUGUCAUACUUGAACAAAUGUCAGGCUUUUAGGUUGGAUAUUCCCAUCCAGGUUGCCCUAAGCUAUCAAUGUGAUCAGCAGCUAUGAUCAGGACCUGAGGAUGUUACUAGGAACUCAGCUUACCAAACCCGUGGGUAAUUAUUUAUAUCUCACUUCCUAGCAAAUAGCUAAUUCUAAGUCCCUUGGUGUGUUACACAAAUAUUAAUUUUCUCUGUUUGUUUUAAUGUGAAAAGAGCUGCAAAUGUUGACUUAGUUUGCUUGGGAUUUUAUUCAUGGGGUAAUUCUUUAGAGGAAACACUGCAUAUAAAUUUUAGAUAGUCUCUGAAACCUUCAUGCAAGCUAAAUACUUUAAAAGGUCAAACCCUGUGGUACUUUAAAAUUCUUCAUCUGUUCAAUUAAAAAGUCCAUUUGGCUUGUUUGCCAAGCAUCAGGAUUGCUUACCAGGAUUAAGCAUUCUUAUAUCGUAUAUAAGUGAAAAUAAAAAUAAAAUAAU